UCUGUCUGUCUGUCUGUCUGUCUGUCUGUCUGUCUGUCUGUCUGUCUGUCUGUCUGUCUGUCUGUCUGUCUGUCUGUCUGUCUGUCUGUCUGUGGCAUGUGGGUGUUUUCGGUGACAAGAAUUUAUUCUAUGGUAAAUUGAGACCCCCCCUCUUUAUAAGUGGAAUUAUAACUCCUCUCCUCUUUAAAAGGGGAGCUUCCAUACAAAUUUCCUCAUAACUCGAGAACUAAUCAAGCAAAUGGAACCAAAUUUGGCAUGUGAAGGUUUUCGAGGAGUGGAAUCGUGGGCGCAGAUGAACAAGAAAAAAAAUGCAAAACCUGUAUCCCAGUGCGCCGCUAUACCUCAUGGACUGCUAAUUGCUCGGCAGUUAUUUGACACGGGAAUAAGCUAUGCAGGAAGACCACGUGAGGAUGUGCGAGCACGAGUGUAAGAAACUUUCCAACCAAAAUGCGAUAUGUAUAGAACUCGGCCUACAUUCACCGGACGGGAAUCCCAGAAGAUAAUCGCGGCGAGUAGUUAUCGACAGGCAGUAUUCCGGAAUCAAGGAUGUCUUCGAUAGACAGUGGCAAACGACAAACAUAGUUACGUUCGUUUUUGGCAGCGCGCUUCGAUGAUAGGCCGUGCUGACCCAUAACCUUUGGCAGAUAAUAUACCUCAACAUUGACGCACUGAGGUUUUCUAUAGUUACUAUAUAUAUAGUUCGGCGGAUAGAAAAUCGGGAGCCAAAUAAACGUCAAAAGCGGAGCCAAAAGCUUUUCAAAAUCCAAAAUGCCGGAGUAAUGGUAAAAAAAUACACUUUAUUUUCAUAGAACUAGUCAUUUUCAACACCCGCCAGUGAUUAUUUUUCGUAAAAACCUGCACAUUUCACCAUAAUUUGAAAUUUAAUUUCAUAAAUCAGGGAUGCCAAUUCGCCUGGUUUUCUAUCCGCCGAACUAUAUAUAUAGUAACUAUAAGGUUUUCUCGUCAUAAAUAAGGUGACUAAUUAAGAGAGAAAGGCGCUGCACUCGUACUGGAUGCUGUUAUCUAUUGUACAAUUUUCAAAUGCAUUCAAAAAUACAUCUCUAAUCUAGACCCAAAAAUAAGCCAAAUAUUCUUCUACAUUUACAUGUCAGAUAGGAUGUGCUUAACUGUAGGUACGAGCAACCUAAAGAAGCAAUCAGCUGACUGCAAAUUUGAUUCCCUGAAGGAUGAUUCAAGCAUUUGUUUAUUUAUUUACAUAACCUCAUAACCUCAUAACGAAAAAAAAUCUGAUGAAGUGUCGCCCGGUACAAAUAGCUGAUCCCAUUAAUUUGUUCAGUCUUUGUUCUGGCUUGGCUAGAAAAGCUUUGGUCUGUCAGUGCUGCCGCAAAAGAAGCGUCGUCAGUCAGCAUGGCAAUAAUUGCCAACAUUUUUAUUUUAGCACUAACUGUGAGUGUCGCUUUAGGAGGUAAGUAGAGUUGUAGUGUAAAAGUUUUGUUCCUUGAGAAUGGAUAACUUUACUCUGAAGAGGAAAUCGAAGCGAUAAAUGAUUGCCUAAUCAGGGAAAUUUUUGAUAGCAGUGGAUAAAAAAACUCUCUUAAAAUCUAUAGGUAAUUUGUAUAAUGAGUUAGUUUAGGAAUACGUACAAAUUCAGGAAUACGAAGAGCUAAUUCAAUUUAAGAAGCAAGCAUUUAUGUAUUUAAUUUUAAGAAGCGCAUUCCGAAAAACAAGUACAAUUAGAAGUCAAGUCAAGUGGAGUAAGCUUUACAUUUUCGUUACAUUCAAGAAUGCGAAGUCGACAUCGGAAGAGAUCUUGAUCCGCCGGAACCAGUUUUUAUCAAAGGUCUUGAGCUGCAGUAUCCGACAAUGCGGGGAAAAAUGGUUUGGCGUACCGGGGAAACCAGCAGAAUUUCUUGCCCAAAAGGGAUGUUGGCAGACGUCGGUAUAAGGGAUGCCGAUAUCACAUGCCAGUCCGGAACAUUAUUCACUGUUAGGAGUGUCGGCGGUUAUUUUUCAGAGUCAAUGCAUUCUAGAAACUUUUUAUGUACCGAUUAUCGUCUCAUAAGUGCUGAUGUACAAAUCACGACAACGCCAUGUGGUAAUGGAGCAGGUCAGUUGCGAAAUAUUGGCUUUACAACAGUGGAAGGUACAUUUAUACCCUACAUCCGAGCGUGCUACAAUAGAAAUACUGAUUCUGCCAUCUACACAAACCACACUAUUCGAGGCAUAGCAAUUCAAUAUGCAAUCCGCGAAGAUAAACGAACAACAUUCAAAAAAUCUGGUACUGAACAAGCUUCGGAAGGCUCUUACAAACAGAAGAAUCAAAAAGAGCGCUUGGAAAAAUUGUUAGGUUCAGAUCAAGCGCGUCGAUUUAUAAACAGCAAUAGUUAUUUGGAACGUGGUCAUCUAACUCCUCAUGCAGAUGGUAUCUUUCCGGCGUGGAGAUGGGCCACCUAUUCGUUAAUUAAUGCAGUUCCAAUGUGGAAGGCUGUCAAUAACGGAAACUGGGGUGCAGUGGAAGACGAAAUCCGAAAAAUGGCUGAACGCCUGCAAGAAAACGUACUUAUAUUUACCGGAGCGUACGAUAUCCUGACGCUGCCUAAAGCCAAUGGAGCCCAAGCAUCCAUUACCCUCGAAGAAAGAGCCACCGAAGUUCCAAAGUGGUUGUGGAAAAUUAUCGUAUCGCCCAGCACAGACUCCGGUAUCGCCUUUAUCACCAACAAUGACCCAUUUCGGACCUUUGAGCCAGUUAAGCUCUGUACGGACAUAUGCCGUGAAUACAAUUGGUAUAAAGAGGGUUUUACUAGCUUUGCCAGAGGAUACACCUAUUGCUGCAGAGUUCGAGAUUUGAUGAAUGCUAUACCAGCCAUUCCAAACGACGCUGCCGUUUCUAGGGUGUUGCGGUAUAGCUCUACAUAAGUGACACUGACUUUACAGCCAAUAUUUGCUAUUUGUUUCACAUUUGUUUCACAGUAGGUAAAAAAACUGAUUUACACGAGUUGGUUGGAAUUUACUAGAUCGCUGUGGAGCCUAUUACUGAAGCAUAUAGAAGAUUUUGUUAUCACACCUUUCUUUCAUAUCUGAGCAAUAAAGAAAAUUUCACCGACAAUAAUCAAGUGAGUCGAAAAAAAGAGAAA